ACACUUUACAUAAAUCCAUCCUCAAGCCAACAACCUUGAAAGUAAGCGAGGCUAAAGUACUAAAACUUAACUUCGGACUCUCUCAUAUAAAUUCGUUGGAGAUUUUUCACUCUUGAACACUAUUAUCUAUAAAAACAAUGAAAAUUUGUUAAAGAGAAAAUUAACUUUCUUUAAAAAACCUAAAAUAUGGAGAUAGACGAUGAUCUUCUUGCAAAUAGUGAUGCUGGCACUGAAGAUGAUGACGAGUUUGUCGAAUUAGCCCCAGAACAGACAAGUGCAAUGGAUGGAAUGGAUCCAGAAGAAUUUCCGUAUGAUGUACUUGCUCUUGAACAAGUUGUUACUUUGAUGGUUGACAUUAUAAAAGAAGUUCGCAAUGUUGUUGAGAUUCCAGCUACGACUACUAGGAUUUUGUUGAAUCAUUUUAAAUGGGAUAAGGAAAAGCUAAUUGAGACAUACUAUGAAAGCGACCCUGAUCGAAUUUUUGCGGAUGCACAUUUAAUUAGCCCGUCUCGAAAGGUUGCUAUUGCUUGCUCCAAGCGAGAAAUAAAACCGAGGUAUUCUGUAAAAGAGAAUGGUGAAUAUGUAUGUGAAAUUUGCUAUGCUUCCGUUCCGGAACAGCUUAUGUCUGGCUUAGAGUGCGGUCAUAGGUUCUGCAUAAGUUGUUGGACUCACUACUUGACAACCAAAAUCAUGGACGAGGGAAUGGGUCAAACUAUUUCAUGUGCUGCCCAUAACUGUGACAUUUUGGUAGAUGACGAGACUGUUAUGAAACUUUUAUCUGAUUCUCAUGUAAAGCUUAAAUAUCAACAUUUGAUUACAAAUAGCUUUGUUGAGUGCAACCGACUCCUUCGAUGGUGUCCAACUCCGGACUGUGGUCAUGUGAUCAAAGGCCAAUAUGUCUCUGACAAACCUGUUACCUGUCGAUGUGGCCAUACCUUCUGCUUUGCCUGCGGUCAAAACUGGCAUGAUCCUGUAAAAUGCAGUAUCUUACGAAAAUGGAUUAAAAAAUGUGAUGACGACUCCGAAACUUCAAAUUGGAUAGCAGCAAAUACAAAAGAAUGUCCAAAGUGUAGAUCCAUUAUCGAAAAAGACGGAGGUUGUAAUCAUAUGGUUUGCAAGAAAUGCCGAUUUGAUUUCUGUUGGGUUUGUCUGGGCCCUUGGGAACCACACGGUUCAAGUUGGUAUAACUGCAAUCGUUAUGAUGAAGACGAGGCUAAAAGAGCCAGAAGCGCUCAAGAAAAAAGUCGAGCAGCUUUACAAAGAUAUCUUUUCUACUGUAAUCGCUAUAUGAAUCAUAUGCAGAGUUUGAAACUGGAAAAUAAAUUGUACGCAAGUGUCAGGGACAAAAUGGAAGAAAUGCAAAAGCACAAUAUGUCGUGGAUUGAAGUUCAAUUUUUAAAGAAAGCCGUCGACGUAUUGUGCCAAUGUAGGCAAACUCUGAUGCAUACGUACGUAUUUGCAUUCUACUUACGAAAAAACAACCAGUCAAUUAUCUUCGAGACGAAUCAGAGAGAUUUAGAGCAAGCUACAGAGCAGCUUAGCGAAUAUUUAGAAAGGGAAAUUACCCAAGAGGUCUUGAGGGAUAUUAAGCAAAAGGUACAAGAUAAAAGUCGUUACUGUGAAAGUAGAAGAAAUGUUCUGCUGAAACAUGUGCAUGAAGGUUACGAAAAUGAACUAUGGGAGUAUUUGGACAAUAUCUAG